AUGCACUCGCGCGUUCAUGCCGGCGAAUACGUGCUACUACGUCUGCCUUCAGAUACCCUGAAAUUGGUCCAGAUUGUGCCGAACAGUGUGAUUUCGAUUGGCAAAUUUGGUUCCUUCCCUUGCAACCUUCUUAUUGGACGCCCUUACUACCUCACCUACGAGAUUACCGACAAACAAUCCGAGACUGAUGCCUCCCGCCUACGAGUCGUCCCAGCCUCCGAGCUGAAUGCUGAAGUCCUCUCCGAAGAUGCUCCUCCUUCAGAAAACCCUACCGAGAAAGCAGACGAAUCCUUCGAUAUUGUCGCCGAUGAUGGCUCUGUAUUGCUCAAGAACAACCGUCUUACAGUCGACGAUGCUUCUCGUCAAGCUCUCAGCAUGGACGAGAUUGAAGAAUUGAAGAAAGCUGGAACUGGCUCCGGAAGAGACAUUAUUGAGAAAAUUCUCAAAUCGCAUACCCAUCUGAGCGAGAAGACGUCAUUUGCCCUGGCCAAGUACACACUCAGGAAGCACAAGAAGUACUUGCGCAGAUUCACCGUUCUGCCAAUGAAUGUCUCCAUGUUGACCGAGUAUAUGAUUGCUGAGAAGGAGUCAUCAAGAGUUAUGGAGCUCAGAGAAGAGUCACUAGGUCUUGUCGGAAGCUGGGCAAACGUACAUUACCACCCUGACGCAGAACCGACUCUCACUGAGGAGGGUACACAACUCGGUGGUGGAAGAUGGCUGGUCGUUGACGACACUGGUGGUUUGGUUGUGGCUUCCAUGGCCGAGAAGAUGGGUCUUCUGUACCUUCCAGACAGAGAGGACGAAGAAUCGGAUGACGACGAGGCCACUACUGAGGCUGGCGCGCAACAAACAGCUGCAGCCGAAGAAGACGCGGAUGUCGAAAUGCAGGAUCCCUCAAAGGACGAACCAACCACCGAAGAACCAAGAGAAGGAGAAGAAGUACGAGCCAACGGCCGAAAGCGUCCCAUAAACAAGCACAACACCAAUCUCUCCUCAACAAACACCAUCACAGUCCUCCACGCAAACGCCCAACCAAACGUCUCUCUCCUAAAAUACUUCUCCUACGACACAAACAAUCCAACCGCCGCCCACCCCCUCCACACCCACCUCAAAACCCUCACCUGGCUCCAACUCAUCGACCCUACCGCAGACCCUACCUACGACGAGCCAGAAAUAAUUCCCCAAUCCGAACUCGACACGAUGAAAUCCGGAAAACGCGGUGCCUACUACCGCAAACGCCGCCGCUGGGCCCGCUGCAAAGCCAUCGUAGACGAAACCCGUGCUGGAGGCUUUGACGGCUUGAUCAUCGCUUCCCACAUGUCUCCCGCCACCAUCCUCAAGAACACAGUACAUUUACUGCGUGGCUCUGCACAUAUCGCCAUUUACUCCCCUACCGUAGAGCCCUUGACUGAAAUCAUGGACUUGUAUUCGAAGGACCGUAAAGCUGCUUUCUUGGAUCACAUCGCUAAUGAUACCACUCCUCCGGAAGAGGACUUCCCUCUGGAUCCAAGGUUGGUCCUGGGACCUACGUUGCAGACGACGAGGAUUAGACCUUGGCAGGUGUUGCCUGGACGUACGCAUCCGCUUAUGACGUGGAGAGGUGGUGCUGAGGGAUAUCUGUUCACGGCAAGGAAGGUAUUGCCUGUAGAUGGUAAAGUGGAGGCUAGAGGCAAGUACAACAAGAAGAGGAAGAUUGGAUAG